CGAACUGUUUUGAAAGAAGCAAGAAUUCCUAUUCUUGUUAUAAUGUGUUCAAUUGGACUUGGCUUUGGAAUAGCAGCACAUUAUAUUCACAAGUUAAAACUUAUCAAACUACUUGCAAACAUAGAUCCUAAACUUUUCCUUCAUUUGUUUACACCAAUUAUAAUAUUUACAGCUGCAUUUGACAUGGACUUCUAUAUAUUUCGAAAAGCAUUUUGGCAGGUCUUGAUCCUUGCAGUUCCUGGAUUUGUGCUGAAUAGUGCUCUCUUUGGAGUUUUAGCUUAUAAAAUCAAUAAAUAUAACUGGACCUGGGAUACUAGCAUGCUGUUUGGAAUAAUACUUAGCACAACAGAUCCUAUUCUCUCUGUAGCUUCUUUGAAAAACACAGGGAUUUCAAAAAUAUUAAUCAACAUAAUUACAGGAGAGUCCUUGUGUAACGAUGCUACCACAUCAAUUCUUUUUGAUCUGUAUAGUGACCUCGUGGAAAAAGUCCACAGAGAGAUAUUUACAGAGAUUGUUUUAAAAUUAAUUUUAAAAUUUUUUGGGAGUGUUUUAUUUGGAUUUUUGUCUUCAAGAGUUGUUAUGUUUUGGUUGAAGCACAUAUUCAAUGAUGGAGUAGUUGAAGUAAUUUUAAGCUUCACAAUGGCAUACAUAAUUUUCUUCCUUGCUGAAUGGGCUGGAAUGUCUGGAGUUAUUUCUAUUAGUAUUUUGGGACUUCUUUUAGAUACUGUGAGCUUUAGUCCAGGAACAGAUGAAUUUCUUUAUAGGUUCUGGUCAAUGAUGACAUUUUUGGCUCACCUUAUGAUAUAUCUUAUCACAGGACUCGUUAUAGCUCAAAAAACAUUUCUGCAUUUAAAUACCCGUAUUCUAUUUUAUGUUGUGACACUCUACCUUUCAAUAAAUCUUACAAGGGCUUUAAUUGUUUUAAUACUGAGCCCUUUAUUGAGUCGUUUGGGCUAUGGACUUAAUUGGCGUUGGGGAGCUGUUAUUGUCUGGAGUGGAAUGAGGGGAACAUUUACUUUGAAUAUGGCUCUAGCAGUUGGUCAAGAAGAAGGUCUAGAUAAACAGCAGUGGAAGAACAUGGUAUUAUUGCAUGCAGGAACAGCAUCUUUAUUGACCUUGAUGAUUAACUCUACCACUGUGAAAUACUUAGUUGUAAUUUUAGGCCUUUGUGAUAUAACUCUUCCCAAGCGCAUGGCUAUGAGUAAUGCUGUUCAGCGUAUCAGACAAAUGGAGGCACACAGCUUUUCAUUGCUAAAACUUGACAGAUAUUUGGCUGAUGCAAAUUGGGCAAUGGCUGAAGAAACAAUCAAAAUUGAUUACCCUUAUACACUAUCCACAGGAGAAGAUUCCCAGAUAGUUGGAACAUAUAGAUGUCCAGACUGUGAUAAUGAUCUUACGUUUGAUAAAAGGCCUCAACAAAUUGUUGACAUAAUGGAAGAAGCCAGGUUGCGUCUCUUAAACGCUCAAAUAGCCAGUUAUCAGAAGCAAUAUUAUACUGGAAUUCUUAACCAAGAAGCUGCCCAAACAUUGAUUAGUGCAGCAGAAAACUAUAUUGAUAUUAAAGGAAAGUUUAUGAAUAUCCAAGAAGUAAAGACAUACUGGGAAAGCAAAGGAUUAACAGUAACAAUUAAAAACUUGUUAAUGGAUUGGUCUUACAAUGUAAAAGAAGAAAAGUCUAAGCCAUCAAGAAACAAGUUUCUGAAGAUGUGUCAUCAGGCAGUAUUCAUGAGUGAAUUUGAGAGUACAAGUUCUGUCAUUACAUUACUGAACAUCUGCCCCAUUGUUUUUCAUUUUAUAAAAGGAAUUACUUCAGAAUUUCAGGAACAACUAAAAAUAUGCAACUACUAUUUUCUGAGUUUGUAUGUAAUUGAAGCAGUAAUGAAGGGUUCAGCAAUGGGGAAGACAUACUUCUAUCAUCACUGGAACCAGUUUGAUCUUUUAAUCAUAAUAGUGGGAAUUAUAGAUGUCAUUGUUGUGAACGUCCUUAAUCACCUUGGUCCAGAAUAUACUUAUGUGUUAAAAGUCAUCAAUGCUUUCCGAAUUGUUCGUUUUCUAAGAGUUCUGCGACUCUUGAAGGUUGUGAUACCCAAAGUUAUUAACUUACUGGAUAAACAAAUAAACAAACAGCUGACUUUUCGGUGUGAUAUUGCCAAAGGAUAUGUUCAAGGUGAAGAAGAUAUAAGCUGUUUAAUUGAGCAGAUAGCUGGUCAUGAAAGAGUUUAUCAGGACUUAAAAAAGAUAUUUGAUAAGAACAAACAAGAAGCCAUGAAGGAGUUAGGUUUAAUGCAGCAUGAGUAUCCAGAAAUUGUCACUGCUGUGAAAACUAGGCAAGCAGUCCAGACAGUGCUAAACACAGCUUUAGAAACUCUUAAAUUUAUGGUAUCUGCAGGAAUUGUUAAUAACCAUGAAGGAAGAGAACUGCAUCAGAUUAUCCUAUUAAAACAAAAACAGCUUGCAAAGCUUCCUCCUAUGAUUGCACCACCUACUGCAGAGGACCUUCUAAGAAGUAUAAUGUGGUUACAGAAUGACCAAGAUCGCAUAGACUUUGUUCAGAGAAAAGCAAGAAUUAUUUGUUAUGACUAUGGAGACAUCAUAUGUGAAGAAGGUGAACUUCCACGUGGCAUUCAUUUAAUUACAUCAGGAAUGACAAAGCUUUAUGGUUCUGCUCCUCGUUAUGGAGUUGACAAAGAAUUGUAUAAACAAAGACAUCCUACAAGACUUCCCUAUACAGAUUAUUUAGUCACUGGGGCAAUAAUAGGAGAGCUGAACUGUCUAACUAAGCAAGAAAUGGAAUAUAUGGUUACUUGUGAAACUUCUGUGCAGACAUGUUUUAUCUCUAUAGAGGAUUUGUUUGAAGCUUUUGACAAGUUUUUGGAAUAUCCAUCUUUAGAAUAUAAAAUAUGGCUGAAACUUUCUCUUGAUGUUGCCCUCAAAACUUUCAAGGAAAACCUUCCUUAUGAGGACUGGACAUACAAAAUGUGUGGGCAGCUUUCUAACUUGUAUGUGCUAGAUGUACCCAAUCACACCAAACAUGACAUUUACGAUGGGACCAUGGAAUAUGUCAUUCUUGUACAUGGAACUGUACAAGACUGUCAACUACUACAGCUUUUUUGUGCACCAUGCAUCUUACCUAAAACCUGCCACCAGGUACAGGGUACUGCAGCAAUAUCAAAGCUAUUUGUUGUACGAACAAUUGAGCCAAUGAUGAGGAAGGAAGCCGGAAAAUUAGCAAGUGUUUGCCAGAUUCAUACAGGAGCUCGGAGGCAGGCAUUUUGUGAAGAGUAG